CGCACACGGCCAGCAUCCAGAACUCGUCCUGCCACCACCGCGCCGCCGACCACAGGAACCGCUCCACGCCCUCCUGCCGGCUCCACUCGCCAUGUCUCCCUCGUUUUUCUGGUGGUGGUGGUGGUGGUGGUGGUGGUGGAUGCCGGUUGUUGUUGUUGCGCCGUCGCUUCUCCGCAUCUGCGCCGCCCAGGUCCACGUCUUCGAACCCGUCAAAAGCCUCCACGUGUUUUUCGUCCCGGGACUGGUCCGCCGCCAGAGAUUCAACCGUUGACGUGGGUGUAGGCGUCUGUGUCUGCGUCUGCGUAGGUAUAAGUGUAGGUAUGGGCGUAGCCGUAUCAUAGGGCCCCGAGAGGGACAUGCGUUGUCCGUCGAGGGCGCUGUAGGGCGGGUACCGGUACCUGGGUCUGUACUUGUAUCUGUACCUGUGGCGGUCCGCCAUGGUCUCGCCGUCGACCCUAGCGCUGGGAACUGUGCCUCCGGAAUGUAGCCCGCCGUUGCUUCUAGAGCCAGCAUCGGGACUAGGAGCAGGAUCACGACCAGGAGCCAUCCCCCCACGGCCAGCCUGCUGCUGCUGCUGCUGGAAUAGCCGGCUGGCACGAGAAUCAUCCCUCCAGGAAUCCAUGUGUAUGUAUGCGUGUGCAAGCGUGUGCAAGCGUGUGCAAACGUGUGCAUGCGUGUGCGUAGCUUGCCGUUCCCAGGACACACGAGCUCUAUCUAUUUAGGGCGAGAAGAGGCGGAGAGGUAAUGAGGAGGAGGAGGAGGAGAAACCGAGGGAGAGAAAAAGCAUGAAUGAGGAGAUAGACAGAUAUCGAGAUAGAUAUACUGCAAUUUCCUAGGUCGCCCCCAGCGGCGGUUCGUUAGGUCAUGGAUACGUGAGGGCGGUGGACAAAAGGAUGGAUGGAUGGAUGGAUGGAUGGCUGAGGCGGGUUAGGAUGUCAUUGUCACUGGACACGUAAGGAAGGCGGG